AGAAGGAGUUGGCAGGCGGAACCAUAGAAAAAAAAAAAAAGGAUGGAGUGGCACGUAGGCUGUAAAAAAAUUUAAAGCCGCGGUUUUUUCGCGCUGCCUGCGUGAGGUCGCUCUAGCACCUCGCGUAUCUAUGAUCAAACCCUAGAAAAGCAGUCUAAGGGGGACCGGAAGUGCCUCUAAAGCGUGUGUAGAGAUUGACUUGGGGAGUUUUUGCUGGUUUUUCUUCGCAUGAAUUCGUCCACGGGGUCUUUCCUGCUCGCCUGUCCUCAUGCUGCCUGCUGAGUCUGCCCACAGACUGGUUUCCCUGCUCACCCAAGCCUUGGAAGACUGCACUGAGCAUCAGCAGCAGCUACAACAGAACCUAGUACGGUGCCGGGCUCUUCUCGGAGAUUGGGCCUCACAAGCUCCCGAAAGCCCAGUCCCCAAGGACAGUAAGAAGGAUGAUCAAGAAAGUGAGCCCCCAGCUAAGGAACUCGAAGAACUGGAGCUGCUUAACAAAGCCCUGGAGAAAGCGUUGAGAGUCCGAACCAAGUUCCUGCAGGCUCCAUGUGAAGCUGGAAAAGGCACCGGAGGCAAAAGCCCCAAAGCAGACGAAAAGCCUGUUACCAGUGCCACUUUAAAUCAGCAAGCACCUAGUCCCAAGAACAGGGACCCCAAGGUGGUCCGAGGGACAUCUGUGAGCAAGAAACGCAUGCCUCCCAAGAAGCCUUCGGCGUAUAUGCUGAAAGCUCCCUACAGGACUGACCCCGAUGUGAAAAGGCCCCAGAGGAAAAUAUCUGCUGGCGCCAGUGUCAGAGUUCCCAAGUGGUCUGCGAAGAAGUCGUCCAAAGAGGCUGCCACCCCCAAAGCCAAAUCACUUCUAAAAAUAACCCCAGUUGGCCAUGAAAAGGCCUUUGCUGCUGACGGACCCAGAACGCUGCCUGGCUUAUUGAAAUCUCUGCAUGAUUCAGAUCAAAGCCCUCUGUUCAAAAAUCCUGCUGAAGGCGGAGACUGUACACGCACUCGUCCUUUACUAGCUUUAGUGGAGCACAAUCCCGCAGAUCCUGCUGCAGAGUCUCUAGGGGCGCAGAGCCGCAUGGGAGAAGGGACCCCGGAUAUGCGUGCAACCUCAUCAACACUUCAGGAAAUGGGGUCUUUGCUGAAACUACCCCAUCCAUACAGAAAAGCGGUUUCCAGGUACACCAGGCUGCGGGAGAAGUGCCGCCUGUGCCAGACGAGCCCAGACGCAAUUGCCGCCAGGGAGCGCUUUGUGGGGAAGCUGCAGGCCACGUUCCACUCCCCUCCACCAGCCUUCAGCCCAGCAGAGGUGAAAAAGGGCUUGAUGCAUCUUCAUGACAUCCACUCACUCCUCAAGCAGCGCAUGGAAGCCGAGACCCCUGCUGCUCUUGGAGAAAAUCUGACUUGGGAAAGAGAAUACGAGAGUCUUCUGAUGCUGGAAGGCGUGCAAGCCAUCGUAUCCCAGUGUCUGGACAAAGUGGAGCAGCUCAGAGAAGCGAUCGAGUCCCACCUGGAGCUGUCACCUGCUGACUCGGCUUGCAGCGAGCCCUGCCCCUCGCAGGAGUGUCCUUCUCUUGGCAAGCAACGGUGCUGGGACGGAGAAAUGGCCGGCCUGCCUCCUGUGCUUUAUUACUCCAGCCCCCAGGAGCUGACGGACAUGGAGGACUUGAAGCUGCAGGUGGCGAUGCUGCGCCAGCGGCUGGACAUCCAGAAGGCCAUGCAAGCCGAACUCCUCCCACUUCUAGAACCCGGGCGUGUUCCCGAAGGUUCCAGAGCAUCUUUGUACCGUGCCAUGUACACACUGCUGUGUGAAGGGGGAGGGCGCUUCCCUGUGCUUGUACACGAUGAUGAACUAGCCCGCUGACCCGGAAUUAUGGACCAGAUGGAUGAGAAGCUGCAGAAUGAGCAGCACGCUCAGGCUGAAGUCCUUCAGGUGCUGCACUCCCUCGGGCUGUUCUGUGAAUGAUCAGGCUAGUGGUUUGUUGAGUGGCACCAUCUUGUGCAAUCGUGAAGCAAAUAAAACUGUUUUAUACCUGA